UUGGAGCUUCCUCAAAUGCCUAAACUGAAGAAAUUGGAAAUCGAGUACAUUGCAAGAGGCGAUGAAAGCCUAAGUAGACUGGCUGCUUUGAUAAGGGCAUCUCCUCACUUGGAGGAAUUUGUUUUUCAGUUGAACUGGUAUCUACAUCCAAGAAAAGAUAGAGAAGUGAAGGCUACGAUAAGCUCGCCCCACCAUCAUCUUAAAUUGUUCAAGUUUGGUGGCUAUUAUGGUAGCCCCAGUGAUGUUGAAUUACUCAGCUACGUUUUGGGGAAUUGCGUCGUUCUUGAGAAAAUAAUAAUUGGUACCCACUCUGUAUGUUUACCAGAGUUGGAAGAAAGUGCAAGGAAGACCGCAAAACAACAGCUCCCACCGCAGAUACCUCGACACAUCGAAUUGGUUAUUCUAUAGCUUCUUUAU